GGUUGCUUGUGAAUUCAACAAGUGCAAACAAGCUUUCGGCCAGCCUCCUGCGAGUUGGUCCGAAUAGCGGUAUGGCGGGGAGUAUGGCGAGUCUGCCAUUGAGAAGCAUUAGACACCAGCACACUCUGCGACAGGGAUUCACAUUUCAUCGGCAGUCCGUCUUCCAGCGCAGACCGUUCACGUCAUCUUCCUCGCAGUCGGCUUCGCCUCGUUCGCCACUCCGAACAGCAUCUUACACCGUCCUUUUUGCUGUCUCUGCUGGUCUAUUCGCCGCAUACUACCUUGACGCCCGUUCUGCCAUUCACCGCUAUGUUUUGACACCCGUUCUAAGGUAUACCUUUGAUGCCGAAACUGGACACAAGAUAGCCGUUAAGGUGCUACGGAGCGGACUGGCACCGCGAGAUAUUGUCAAGGACGAUGAUAUUUUACGGUCGGAGAUACUUGGGUUCGACGUGUCCAAUCCGGUUGGACUCGCUGCUGGCUUUGACAAAGAUGGUGAAGCUAUAGACGGUUUAUUCAACCUUGGGUUCAGUUGGGUGGAAAUAGGCAGCGUGACUCCAAAGCCUCAAUCUGGAAACCCUCGACCACGGGUAUUUCACCUCCCCACCGAUUCCGCUCUCAUAAACCGGUACGGUUUCCCAUCACAAGGUGCAGCCGCUGUUGUAUCGCGCCUGCGAGCUCGCAUACCCACCUUCUAUGAUGCCAACGAGACAUCCACUAGCGCGUUGCGCUCGGGAGCUGUCCUUGCUAUCAACCUUGGAAAGAACAAGACGUCACCCGCAGAUUCUUCUGAGGACUUCGUGUCUGGAGUAAACGCUUUUGGUCCCUAUGCAGACGUCUUGGUGGUCAACGUGUCCAGUCCCAACACCCCUGGUCUUCGUGGACUGCAAAACCGGGAACUUCUGGAAGGUUUGCUGAAGGAUGUGGUGGGAGCUCGGAAUGCCCUGGAGCCGUCGCCAGUUACCUCACGUCGACCGCGCUUGGUGCUUAAGAUAGCACCCGACCUUGAAGAAUCUCAGCUUGCGGAGAUGGCUGAGGUUAUACGAAAUAGUAACAUUGAUGGUGUCAUCGUCAGUAACACGACUAUCGCUCGGCCAUCCUCGUUGACAGAUCAAAACAAGGCCGAGACAGGUGGCUUAUCUGGUAAGCCGGUAAAACCUUGCACCCUCCGUGCCUUGAAGACGCUUCGAGCGCAUCUCCCUGCCUCUAUUCCGAUCAUUGGUUGCGGUGGCAUCAGCUCCGGCGCUGACGCUCUGGAGUAUGGACGUGCAGGCGCAUCGUUCGUCCAGCUGUACACUGAAUUCGGGUAUGAUGGUGUGGGCACGUGCCGGCGAAUAAAAGACGAGCUUGUAUCAUUGCUGAAGAGGGAAGGGAAGACGUGGGGAGACGUGGUUAAUGAAUCGGUGGCGAGGUUGAGCUGGAAGGAGCCAAAUCCCCCUUUACCUGCACCAGUCCGCGAAGGAAAGGCAACGGUAGGGAAGCUGAUAGAGGAGGCAGAGGUGCUCCAAUCCCUGCUAAAUGAGCUAGGUGAGAAGAUGAGCGGUAGCGCAGAGCCCUAGCAAUACAUAUUCGGCCAACCGAAACCAGUAUCUAGUAUCAGA